AGUCCGAAAGCUUCCUCCCCUUGACCGUGUUUCCGAAUACCUUCAGCUACCUACCUACCUACCUACCUACCCCGCCAAAUACCGUUAAUCCGCAAACACAUUCAUCACAAUGGCGCAAGCAGGCGGGUCAUACAACAACCCCUUGAAGAAGUUCAAGUUGGUCUUCUUGGGCGAACAAAGCGUCGGCAAGACGUCGCUCAUCACACGCUUCAUGUACGACUCGUUCGAUAACAUGUACCAAGCCACCAUUGGUAUCGAUUUCCUUUCCAAGGCAUGUUCGAUCCCCACCAUGUACCUCGAAGACCGAACAGUCCGUCUACAGCUCUGGGACACAGCCGGCCAGGAGCGUUUCCGCUCCUUGAUCCCUUCGUAUAUCCGCGACUCGUCAGUGGCCGUGGUAGUUUAUGACAUUUCGAACGCCAAAUCCUUCCAAAACACACGAAAAUGGAUCGACGACGUGCGCGCCGAGCGCGGCAACGACGUGAUCAUUGUCUUGGUGGGCAACAAGACGGAUCUGAACGACAAGCGCGAAGUGACCACGGCGCAGGGCGAGGAGGAGGCCCGGCGCAACAACCUCAUGUUUGUCGAGACGUCGGCAAAGCUAGGCCACAACGUCAAGACGCUGUUCAAGAGGAUAGCCCAGGCCUUGCCCGGGAUGGAGGGCACCGGUGGGGAAGGUGCCGGUGGUGCGGGCACGGGGGCGGCGGCGACGAGGAUCGAUGUCAGCAGUAAGGAGACGGUGGCGCAGGAGGGAUGCGCUUGUUAAGACUGACUGGACUGGUCUGACUGGUCUGGCGGCCUGGUGCGGUUUGAUCUGCUCUCGUCUGGUCUGGUCUGGUCUGACCGGGACAGAACAAGUUCACGGUGUGGGGAGACUAACCAUCUUCCUAGGGAAAGGGGGUACUGAAGAAGUUGAGGGGAAGAAGACAACAAUGGGGAUGACGAUCAUGUUGACGAUGUUAACGAGGUUAACGAUAUAAUGGGGUAAAUAUAUGAUGAGAGAAUGAGAUGGAACAUGAUGAUGAUGAUGGGGGGUGGGGGGAGGGAAAUAGAGGUGGGUGGGCUAGACAACCUGACAAACGGGGAAGCAAACUAUAAUGAGAAACUUGGCUGUGCUUUGUGCUUACGGUUUGGCUGGCUGGCUAAAGCAAGGCGAUCGGAGCAUUAGCAUGCGAAGGAAGGGGUUGGUUUGGUUUUGUCGGGUCUUAACGCUUAUAAUAAUACAAAUGAUAAAAGAUAUAAUACUUUGUAUCUAGUUCCUGAGUUGAACCAACUGUGUC